AACUGCUCGGGGGUGAGCAAAUGAUUUUUGGGUGAACCAUUCCUUUAAGUUUGGCUAAAUUUGACUUGAGUUGUUUUCCUUUAGAGGGCGCUUUUCGACUCUAUAAUAGCGUAAAUGCAGUAAUAUUAUCCAAAUAAUGUUAAGGGUCACAGUGAUUAUUACUAAUCAAAAGGUGAAACGUAACACACAACGACCUCGUUCUUAUAAGUAACUUCAGCAAAGGAAUUCAGAGUAGUUUUAAUCUGAAUAACACAGAAUAUUUAUAGACAUUUCAAGGGAACGGAGAACGGCUAAACAUAAAAAUUACAAUUUACCUGGGCCGCUAAGCCCCGCCCACUUUAUUAGAUUGAAUGUGAUGUGAAUUGAAUUCUUCCAAUUCUUCCAAAAUCUUCUCCAGAGCCAAGUAUAGCAUCACGACCAUUGCUCCGAGCAGUGUUUCUCCGCGCUCCAUGAAGACGUAAAACGGCUCUCUUUGUGUUUCCGCUUGGACCAGAGGCAUGCAGUGAGCGUCACGCAUCUGAAGGAAUGAGAAAGCGCUUUCAGGCCUGGUCAUGAGCUCAGAAAGCUGAGGCAGGGUUCAGAGAUGAUCCGCUUCUCAUGACCACAAGCCCCCUCGGUCCCAGCAGCGAUGGAUGGUUUCAGGACGCGCUCCAGUGGCGCAGAAAGCACGCUGUUUGGAGAGACUUUGACGCGGCACACAGCUGCUAAUCUGGCUAUUGGUGGACUCACAUCUCUGUUUGUCUUGGUAACCGUCAUCAGCUCAUUCGUCUUCCCUACACCUCCUCCAACAGCAUUAAAUAUUUUUUUUGUGGUCUGCAUCAUCAUGAUCUGUUCUUCUGUAUUGGUGCUGAUAUUCUGGUAUCGUCAAGGCGAUCUGGAUACAAAGUUUCUUGGUCUAAUUUAUUAUUCUAUAGUCCUGGUUAUCCUCCUCUGUCUGUGUGCUAAUCUGUACUUCCAUGAUGUCGGAAGAUGACGUGAAAAACAACUUAACCUUUGUAAUUCUGUCAAGUACAAUAAAAAGCGAUUUACUUGUCAGAACUGAGCCGGUUUUCAUUGUGUGUGCAUAGGCGAUAAGAUCUAUCAAAUCUAUUAGUUUUCAGAUAUGUAAUAUUUGUAUUUCUUUUUUGGUCAUUUAUAUAUUUUUGCCAAAGCUGAAUAUUUUUGUGCAUUAUUUUCUGUUGCUGUCAAGAGUCUAAUAAAUGAGCAUUUCAGUUGCAUUAAACAUUGUGAUUUUUCUUUUUUAAUUCUUUUUUUCUGUGGACCAUUGUUGACUAUUGCAGUCUGGAUUCUUUCUUCAUGGAGAAAAUAGAAUUUUGCUUUAGACGAAGUUGACAGAUGACAUGGUCGUUUUGUCAAUAUAAAGAUUAAUAACUUGAAUGUUAAAAAAAUAUAUGUUGGUGAGUUUAAAUACAGCAUAGCGUUUCUUUAAAACGUCUGCCAUCUUGUGGUGUGCCUAUAAAGGACAAGCACAAACGCGUUGCAUUAUUUAAUUAGUAAAUGUAAUAGCAGUGUACCGAAUGUUGUUCAAUGUCCUUAUUCGAGCGCAUC